AGUCGUUGUGACUGAGAGGUGAAAUGGCGCAGAAAGGAGCUCAGCUGGAUCGAGAAGUCUUCUCUUGUCCGAUCUGUCUGGAUCUACUGAAGGAUCCGGUGACUACUACAUGUGGACACAGCUACUGUAUGAAGUGUAUUAAAAGCUUCUGGGAUGAAGAGGAUGAGAAGGAAACCCACAGCUGCCCUCAGUGCAGACAGACGUUCACACCGAGGCCUGUCCUGCUGAAAAACACCAUGUUAGCAGUUCUAGUGGAUGAGCUGAAGAAGACUGGACUCCCAGCUGCUCCUGCUGAUCUCUGCUAUGCUGGAGCUGAAGAUGUGGCCUGUGAUGUCUGCACUGGGAGAAAACUGAAAGCCCUCAAGUCCUGUCUCACCUGUCUGGUCUCUUACUGUGAGAAACACCUUCAGCCUCAUUAUGAAUUACCUAUUUUUAAAAAACACAAGCUGGUGGAGCCCUCCAAGAAGCUCCAAGAGAACGUCUGCUCUCGUCAUGAUGAGGUGAUGAAGAUGUUCUGCCGUACAGAUCAGAAGUCUAUCUGUUAUCUCUGCCCUGUGGAUGAACAUAAAGGCCACGACACGGUCUCAGCUGCAGCAGAACGGACGGAGAAGCAGAAAGAGCUGGAGGUGAGUCGACAAAACAUCCAGCAGAGAAUCCAGGACAGAGAGAAAGAUGUGAAGCUGCUUCAACAGGAGGUGCAGAACAUCAAUCGCUCCGCUGAUAAAACAGUGGAGGACGGCGAGAAGAUCUUCAGCGAGUUGAUCCGUCUCUUGGAGAAAAGAAGCUCCGAGGUGAAGCAGCAGGUCAGAUCCCAGCAGGACACCCAAGUGAGUCGAGUCAAAGAGCUUGAGGAGAAGCUGCAGCAGGAGAUCGCUGAGCUGAAGAGGAAAGACGCUGAGCUGAAGAAACUCUCACACACAGAGGAUCACAACCAGUUUCUGCACAGCUACCCCUCACUGUCAGCACUCAGUGAGUCCACAUCCAGCAUGGAGAUCCGUCCUCUGCGCUACUUUGAGGACGUGACAGCGGCUGUGUCAGAAGUCAGAGACAAACUACAGGACGUCCUGAGAGAGGAAUGGACAAAGCUCUCACUGACAGUGACUGAAGUGGAUGUUUUACUGUCAGAUUCACCAGCAGAGCCCACGACCAGAGCUGGAUUCUUAAGAUAUUCAUGUGAGAUCACACUGGAUCCAAACACAGCAUACACACAGCUGUUAUUAUCUGAGGGGGACAGAAAAACAACAUUAAUGAGUAAUCAUCAGUCCUAUCCAAGUCACCCAGACAGAUUCACUACAUAUAGUCAGGUCCUGAGUAGAGAGAGUCUGACUGGACGUUGUUACUGGGAGGUGGAGUGGAGAGGGGAUGGAGUUUGGGUAGCAGCUUCAUACAAGAAUAUCAUCAGAGCAGGGAGGUCGACUGACUCUGUAUUUGGAUACAAUGACAAAUCUUGGUCAUUACAAUGUUACAACAACAGUUAUACAUUUCGGUACAACAAGAUCAACACUCCCGUCUCAGGUCCUUGGUCCUCCAGAGUCGGAGUGUACCUGGAUCACAGAGCAGGUAUUCUGUCCUUCUACAGCGUCUCUGAAACCAUGACUCUCCUCCACAGAGUCCAGACCACAUUCACUCAGCCUCUCUAUGCUGGACUUCUGGUUGCUUACAAAGUAGGAACCACUGCUGAGUUCUGUAAACUCAAAUAACCAAAGUCAUAUCAGGGACAGCAGGUUAAAAUGUCUUUUAACUCUUAAAGCUUCCAUAUUGUUCACAUUUGUGGUGUUUUAUUUGAAGUUUUGACAUCCAUAAGAAGAUAUAUUUGUAGUUUUAUGUGGUAAAAACCAUCUGAGUUCAGUUGUUCAUCUGCUCUCUCAGCCUCCCUCUGCAGCUCCAGCAGCUCAGAUCAUUUUGGGCCUGUCUCAUUAAUAUUCAUGACCCUUUCUUCUGAUUGGCUGAUAGUCUUGUGUGACACACGGCCAGACUAACCACAGUAAACAGUUUGCAGCCUCUGUAAAACUCGAUGGCCAGGCUGACGAAAAUGUUCUCAGACUUUACAUGUUAGAGCUGCAGUCAGAGCCUGAAUCCCAGAUGAUGCUUCCCUCUGACUCAAACAUGAAAUAUAUUACUGGUUUACUUACGGGUUGCAGAUUUAGAGUCGGACAUGAUAAUGUGGAGCUAAAUUUCUGAUAUUUGAAAUUAAAAUUUGUGCAAAGAAAUACCGACUUCCUGAGAUUCAAUCAUUGAGCAUUUAAAUAUGUCACAGUAUUUUUCAUUGCAACUUAACUUUUUUAUACUAUGGGACCUUUAAACUGAUUUCUUUCCAUGUUUGUUGCUGAGAGCUCAUCGUUGUGGCAUUUUCUCUCUGCAGAGAUCAGCUGUCAAUCAAACAUUAUGGGCGGUGCUUUGACAUCUGCUCAUUAGUUGUUCUGUAAAUGUUUGACUUUCCUUCCUGUGUCUGUUGAGCCACGGAGGCUUUCACUGCUCAUGAUGACUGUUGUUCACCUCAACUCAAAUUUAUCUGCAGGAAAAUGUACAUUUCUCUGAACUCCAAAUGUUAGUUGAAUAUUUCUAUGUUGGUGUUUUUCUUUUCCUGCAUGGCUCUGAAGAGAGAAAGCUCCAGAUAUUCAAAGAAAAUGUGUAAAAAGGGUUAGAAAAAAAAUUCCAUAAUAACUUCUUCAUUUAUUUGUAUGUUAAAACAAAUGUUUUUGUACAAAUGAGACUAUUUGAUGUAUUAUAAAACUAUAAUUAUCAUGUUAAUAAUCAAUAAGGAAAUAAUUCAUUAUUCUCUUGUAUAUCUCUGAGAUUCUGGUCAAACUGAUUGUGUGGAUGAAGUGAAUCUGUUCAUGAAAUCACUGAACAACAAUCAUUUAACAGACUUUACUGAUGGGAUGUGUCAACAAACUGAUUUCAUAAUUAAUAAACAAACAAACAAAGUA